UCAAUUAUUUCUUAAAAUAACGUACGAACCUAAAACAUAGAUAAUUGAUGGAAAGCUAACAUACUUAGCCUGUUUAAUCUAUCCCGUGGUAGAAAUGCCAUGCCGGUGUUUCGAACUGUUCAAAGUUUCGAAAAAUUUUGAUAAUUAUAAAAUUAACAAGAGCAAUGAUAGAAGUCAAGUUAACUGUUCACAAAUAAUUUGCGCAAAGCGUUGGUGUAUAAUUUUAGGAAGGUGAAAGCUGUGAAAAGAAUAUUAAAACUCACUAGUCGAACAUAAACUGAAAAUCCAAUAACAUAAACGAAAAACAACGAAAAGACAAACAACAGUACACAAAAUAAAAUACAAAAAUACCGAUCUCCUAGGAAAAUUCACAACGGAAAGUCUCUAUUCAGAUAGCUAAAUCAAAAGCUGAAAUACAUCAAACGAAUCGAUACCAAUUGUCCUGACUUGGUACAGGCAUUUUAUGAUGUAAUGUGGUGGAUUUAACCUGGUUUUACAGCUAGCUAGACCUCUUACUAGUAUGAUAGUCGCUUAGAAUUCCAUUACAUUGACAACAAGGUGUGAACAAAACAAACAGAAAUAAUCAUUAAAUAUGUCACAAAUAAGGUACAUAUCAGUCAUCAUUGUGUUAUUAACUUAAUCACUAUAAAAACGAAGAAAGACAUAAAGGCAAAUAGACAAAGCACAUAGAAAUAAUUACUUUUAUUACAAACUUUUGACACAGGAAGGGUGUGUAUGCAAAUUGUUUAUUUCUUUCACACAACACAAAUCACUCAUUUCAUGUAUAGAUAUUUAUAAAAUGAGUGACGGAUUUGUGUUGUAUGACAGAAAUGAAAAUAUUUCGUAUAUUUUGCGAGGAUUUUUUGAAAUAUUGUAUCAUACUUUUUUUUGUCGAACCCCAAUAAAAUGGAAUAAUCUAUUUGAAAUAUGAUUAAACAUGACACUAAUUUUCUCCCCUAUCUAAGAGGGUACAUAAAUUGCACAAUUUUGACACUUUUUUAAACAACGUAUAUUCAGAUCCAAUUAAAGUUUCCAUAUUGUAUUCAUUAUGUAGAUGUAUCCUUAUUUUCUAUAUAGUUCCACAAAUUUAAUUUUUAAAAUCAUAUCGAAUCAGAUAAAAAUGUUGAGUGCAUAUUGUCAAAUCAUAAAAAUGCAAAUUGUUACGUCUAAAAAAAAUUGUAAGAUAUCAUCUGCUAUAUUUCUUAAUAUAUUCUACUUGGGUACUUGCUGAAAUUUGGGUAUUGUGAUGUCAUCUUUUUUUUCGAUUUGUUCAGAAAGCAAAGUGAAAUUUUGUCCUGGUUAGACGCGUCCAGUUGACGAUGACGUAAUAAGUAAAAGACUGCUCUUUCUCUGAAUACUUCCGUAUGGAAUUUCAAAAAAAGACGACAUUAUAGCAUUAAACAACGUUGGUCAUUAGUUGCAGUGUUACUAAAGGAUAAUUUUGCAUGUAUUUACAAAGCGAAAAAAAAAGCAGCAUAUUUUGAUAUGAUCAUUUAUAAAGUUAUGAAUUCUAAAUUUUCAAACAGUUUUAAUCAAGUCCAGCUGAAAAGCAAAGGCCGUUUUAUCAGCAAUACUUAUCGAAAAAAAAGCCGUACGCAACUUUCAAGUUUUUAUUUUCUACGCAACGUCAUGUGUGGUUUUCCAAGAUCCGGUAUAUAAUGGCCGUUGUUGAUUUACAGUUGCUUGUACAAACUAUACUUUAUUUUUGUAUAUUUCUAUCAGGAUUUGCAAUAUCUAUUCCAGUUGGAGUGAAUACAAUAAAGUUUGAUGGAAUGUGCAUUCUCUAUGCAGACUUUACAAAAGGAGAUGGCAUCUCUAAGUUUAGGAUGCAGUCAAGCAGGAGAGCAAAUUGUAAUUUCCCCGUCUACAUGAGUGUGUUUGCAUGUAUAUUUUAUGGACUAGGACUAGGAUGUUAUAACGCAUAUGCAGUUUGGAAAUCAAGAGCAAACCAAAGUUUCGGGUCAGCAAUGUGGAUAAUGCCAUUUAUAUUGAUAAAUUCUACUCUAUUCGUGAUGUUAUUGAUCAACGGCUGCAUGGUUAGUGUUGGUUAUAAAGUAUUUUGUGAUCAAUUAAAAGAAUACUCGGAUAUUUUCAGAUGUGGUGAUGGAAAAAACAUAAAAUGGAUAAAUACGGUUACUUCAAACACAUUUACUACAGGAGACUAUGCUAGUCUACUGACUGUUGCACAGAUUGCCUCUUGGAUUGCUUGUUUACUCUUCUUGUUGCAAGUUUCUCUAGGAACAUUGCGUUUCUAUAGAAACAGACGACUUCGUCAAUCGUCAUCUGAUAGAGAAAGGAUUGGAAAUGUGGAACCAACUGCUUAAUUGUUUCGAAUUAAUAAGAAUAAUUUGCGAUAUUACAUACUGGUAUCGAUAUUACUUCUUAACUGUACAAAUAAAUUGAUGGCUUGGUUGUAUAUCUUCAAGUGAAUAAUU